AUGCCGUUGGGGCCCCGGUGUUGCCCAGGAACACUGAAUCCCUCUGGCUCCUGUCCCAGCGGCACCGGAGCUCUUCCCGUGCUGCAGCCCAAGGAGGGGGAACCAGGGGGGUUUGGGGGGGGGCUGCUCCCCGAUCCCUACGACAGCUUCAUGCAUCACCACUUGAGCUACUAUGUUUACUUCCAAGGCCACAAGAUGAGUGCACACAAGAGCCCCAUGUUCGGGGACCCCACGGAGCAGCGUCCCACUGAGGCACUCAGCAUGAGCAGCACCAAUCCUGGCCACUGGCAGGGUCCUGGGCCAGAGCCGAGCUCUCCUCCUGCAGCCCCCCGGGGCCCACUGAGCCCCUCCCUGCAGCACCGAGGGGCCCUGGGGGAACCACGGGGUCCCUUUGCUGGGCCCCCACUGGGGGGGCUCCGGCCCCCUCCCCGCUGGCCUGUGGAGUGCGAGGUCAUCCCGGAGAGCAUCGAGCACGUCGAGUGGGUCCCCCCUGAACUGGAGCCCUUCUGCCAGCCCACGAGCAUGGAGCAGGCCACCGUCGUCUAUAACUGCAGCCCAGUGCCCCACGGCGCCCGCUUCACCCGCGCCCAUCUUGGGGCCCCGGGCCCCCUGUCCGCGGCAGCAGCGCCCUUGGAGGGGCCCCAGGACACAACGCUCUUUGAGAGAGGCAACCUGCAGAGAGCCAUCAAGGUGGGUCCCUAUGAGUACAUGCUGCGGCUGUGGCCGGACCUGUUCACCACCAGGCACACCCAAUGGUUCUACUUCCGCGUCCAAAACACCCGCCAGGAGCCCCUGUACCGCUUCACCAUUGCCAACCUGCUGCGGCGGCUGGCUUGA